AUGCUUUUUAGAGUUUCAGGAAGAAUUGCAUCAAAGUCCCAAUUCAAAUUCUCCACUUUGAGAGCCUAAUUACAUGAUCUAAUUUACAGAGACGAUAAGUCUUCUGAUCUUUACAAACUUGCUGCUUCUUGUCCCAAAUCUGCAGUAGGAUAACAAGGCAGUGAGAUUAGAGAAUAGGAAAGAAGAUACGAGGUUACAAAACUCUCAAAUGGAAUCACUGUGUUGACUGAGAGUGCUUCAUCUCCUUCAAGAGUAGAUGUCGGUAUUCUUUUGGAUGUUGGUACCAGAGAUGAGACAACCGAAACAUCAGGAUCAUUAUUGUCUAUCAAGAAUACUUAUUACAAGACAGUUUUAAAUACUAAUGAGACCAUCAACUAUGGUGUUAUCCAAUAGUCAGGAGGUGAAUUUGAAAUGGAUUAUGAUUAAGAGAGUGCAUACUUCAAAGCUCAUUGCUUGGCUCAUGAUGUAGUCGAUGUAUUCAAAGUCGUUGCUGAUUGCGCUUUGGAGCCAAGAUCAGUAGUUGCUGCAAAUGCUGCUAUUGAAAAGAAUCAUGGAACACAUAAUUUGGAAAAUAUCAUUAAAAGUGGAGAAGGAUUCAAUGAAACAAUUUUCAAGACUGCCUUUGGUUUGACUGGUUUGGGAAUGCCAUUGAGAGGAUUCAAGACUAACAUUGGCAAUUUGAGUGCUUAUACAAUUCAAAAAUUCCAAUUGGAAAACAUCAACCCAUCUAAAAUUAUUGUUGCUGGUGCUGGAAUCUACAAUCAUACUGAAUUUGUGAGUUUGGUCUAAGAUUCCCUUGGAUUCAUCCCAGCUGGUUAAACUGCUAAAGUUAGAGCAUAAACAUAAUAUGUUGGAGGUGAAGUCAGAAACUUGACUGAUGACAAUGAAAUUGCAGUUGCUUUAUUAUUCCCAUCUGCCAAUUGGACCAAUUCAUAAGCUGCAGUAUUCUAAGUACUCAAUGCUCUCUUGGGAUUACAAGGAAGUGCUUAAUCAAGAUUAUAAAGAAACAUCUUAAACAAGAACUCCUAUGCUGAUGUUGUUGAAAGCUUGAACUUUACUUUUUCUGAUGCUGGAUUAUUUGGAGUCAAAAUCAUCGGAUCAGCAGACAAAGGAUCUGAAUUACUCAGCAGUGUUGUCAAUGAAUUGAAGACUCUUACAGGACCAAUUUCAAACACUGAAUUAACAAGAGCUAAGAACAUCUUAAAGACUCAAUUGUAUUUAGCUCUUGAAAGAACUUCAGACAGAUUAGAAGAAGCAGCUAAAAGCUUGAAAGUAUUUAAUGCUAUUAAAAUCAAUGAAUAUGCCUCCUAUAUUGAUGCAGUUACAUCAGAUUAAAUAAACAAAGCAGUGGUCGAUUUAUUGAAGAAUAGACCUACUUUAGUAGCUGAAGGAGGAUUAGCUAAUAGGUUGCCAUCAUUCGAUUAAGUGUUGAAUCAAUUAAAAUGAUUCAAAUAUAAAAUUAUACAAUCUAAAAUAUAUUAUUCAUACAUUCUAUUCUC